AUGUCAUCGGACGGACGCAAUUCCUACCUCUCGGAGAUGAUUCGACUCAACGGCCACGGAGACGUUGGUGAUACAUGCGCAGGGUGUGGCACUGCUCCCGCACUCUUUCGAUGCGAAACCUGUGAUGAUAUACAACUGUAUUGUCACGACUGCACUGUCACAAACCACUUGUGCUUGCCCACUCAUCGCAUCAAUGAGUGGACCGGAGUUUAUUUUCAGAGAACAUCACUCAAGAAAUUGGGCCUUCAUAUUCAACUUGGACAUCCCAUUGGCCAGCACUGUAUCCUUCCCCAUCAAGCCUUCAAUGACGACUUCGUUCUCAUAGAUACGGACGGUAUAUACGAGAUUGGACUUGACUUUUGUGGUUGCGAGACGGCACAAACACACACAAAGCAACUACUCCGAAAUCGAUGGUUCCCAUCAACAUCAACCAACCCCAGGACCACAGCAACAUUUCGAGUACUACGACAGUAUCAUAUCCUUUCAUUUGAAUCCAAGGCUUCUGCACACAAAUUCUAUCACACAUUAGUUCACCUGACAGACAACACAGGCCUGUCGAAACGCAAGGAUCGCUACGAAGCAUUCAUGAGGAUGGUGCGUGAAUGGCGCCACCUGAAGAUGGUGAAGCGCUUUGGUCGCGGUCACGACUCACAUGGUGUCGAUGCUACAUCACCUGGAGAGUGUGCUGUUCUCUGCCCAGCAUGCACGCAGCCGGGUAAGAAUCUGCCUCAUGGUUGGGAGAAUGUUGUGAAAGCCAAACGGUGGCUAUACGCAAUAUUUGUUGCAAUUGAUGCGAACUUUCGAUUGAAGAGACGUAAUGUAUCGAGUGAUGAGACUGACCCCAGUCUUUCAGAAGGCUGGGCAUAUUUCGUGGAGGAGAAUGAAUACAAGGCCUUUCUGGCCCAACACCUUGGAGAUGAGCAAGAAAAAAGCACGUGUUCAAGUCACAAUGCCGUCAAUAUGGCAGACACGAAGCUGUCUCAAGGGCUUGCAGCGACAGGCGUAGGCACAGUCGAUUGCGCCCGUCACAAUAUGAAACGACCAAAUGGAGUCGGGGAUUUGCAGAAAGGUGAGAAAUAUAUCAACAUGGACUAUCUUUUUUUUUCAACAUUGCGCGGUACACAGCUCCAAAUGUUGAAUGUGUCAUACGACAUUGCCUGCCAAUGGCACAAAAAUCUCUGGACUCGGAUGAAGUCCUUUCCUCAAUCCCACGGAUUGGACUAUCUUGCAAAGGUCAUUCACUUUUUUGUGCCAAAAUUUCACCUCCCCGCACAUAUUGCAAAUGUCACACGCUUCGUCGGCCGCACAGAUGGCAAGGCCCCAGAGAGAGGGUGGUCGAACAUCAACCCUGUGGCCUUGAGUAUGAAAGCUAUGGGCCCUGGUUGCCGUCGUGACACCCUAGACGACCAUUUUGGCGAUUGGAACUGGAAGAAGACGGUUGGGUUGGGCGCCUCUCUCCUCCUCAAGAUCAAAGAUGCCCUUGCCGAGAAGGCCGAACACGAAACGACAUUCGAAGAAUUCAACACCGCUAUCACUCCUGAGCAUUGUUCUGCGUGGUUGGCAGAAAUGGAGACUUGGGAAGAUAACCCUAAUGACACGACUAUUCCUAAUCCGCUCGAGGCCAAAGCUAUGUCCAUCACACAAGCAGGCGCACGGCUUAAGCUCACUGAGCUGGAGGCUGAGGAACUUCAGCGAGGCAUCAAUGCAUCUUUACAUCCGGAAAUCUCGCCCAGUGUGCUCAUCGCCUCCGGCAUAGACCUUGAAGAGGAACAGCGUCAUCUGACCACUGCUGUCGAGUCCUUGGGCCUCCAUGCUACCGAUACCCAAAAAGGCAGCGUUAUGCGAAUCCGGAAUUCACUCCGCCAUAAAAUCAAGACAUGGAGACGUGCCCAGGUCCUCUACCUCCCUGCUGUACAAAGCCUCAUCAGUCAGACAGUGUGUGGAGAUCAAGAGAAUGCUGAAUGUAUGAAGUUAUGGCUACCUUCCCAGCUAAGAAACAAACCAUGCAAUCCGCGCCUGCAAAAUAACAAGUGGGAACUACGGUACGCUCAGGCCCAUGACACACUCGAAGAGAUCUGCCAGUGCUUGCGGAUUCAUUGUUCUUUACUGACAUUUAAGAGAGAAUGGAUUCGUGGUCAAGGUCCGAACACACAAGCUCAGAAUGCUCUUGCUCAGGUCCAUGGGAGGCGUACUGCAUGCAUGAAGCGAUACAGGUCCGCAUGGGUGGCUCUCAAGGCCCUCGCUACAGUGGUGAAGAAGAAAGAUUGGCGGGGCCAUUGGCAGGAGUUGGCAGAUGAUGACGUCAAGCCCCUCAUAAAUCUGUUCGCUACUGGAGAAGGGAGACGUCAAGUGUCGUGGAUUUGGAUGAUGGAUGGCGUUGAUUGCGGAGAGGAAGGUGACAACAAUGGUGUCCGUAUUGAGUGGUGCAAAAGCCAUGCAAGGGCACUGCGAUGGUCAGAAGAGGUGGAGUUGCUGAGGGAAGAGAUGCGCAGAGUGCUUCAGUUUUUCACCUGGCAGGCAGCAUGGUGGGAGGAGCGGGGAAGGCAUAAUGUUGGGGAAUGUGCCGCAGAUGCUGAAGGUUUGCAGGCAUAUGCUACGCAACAAGCUAACCUCCGUCACAGGCUGGCAGAGCAUUUUCGAGUGCUGUGGUUACCUUAUCUUUCACCACUCUCGUCUCUCAUUGGCAGACAUGCCCACAUCCCUGUCAAGUCGCUCCGCGGAGUUUUCAACACCCCGCUCAAUGGUGUUUGGGACGCUGUUGCUCCCCAGAUUUGUGACCUUAUCAAGGCUCAGAAGAUCGACUGGUCGUCCAUCGACCUUGCCCGCUUCUUCACCCACGCACCACUGGGAGAGGAGGCGAAGGGGGGUCUUGGUCCUGUUGUCAUAUGGGUCAGUGUCAUCAGUGAAUUCAUGAGUCCUUGA